AAGAUAUGACAUGCGCAUGUUUUAUACGUCAUAAGCAAAGACCUUUCCUGUUCCUCGUGUCAUAACAUGGUCGUCUUUGUACACAGUAAACUGGUAAUGACACCAGCCUAGUACAAGCUGAAUUAAGCGUGUGGAUUUCGCGGAUUUCUUCCCCGAAGCGAUGCCUCGUUACGAACUGGCCCUGAUCCUGAAGGCGAUGCAGCGGCCGGAGACAGCGGCUGCUCUCCGGCGGACGGUGGAGACCUUGAUGGAGCGGGGCGCAGUGGUGAGAAACCUGGAGAACCUCGGAGAGAGACUGCUGCCCUACCAGAUAACCAAACACAACCAGAGGCACAGCCGAGGGACUUACUUUUUGGUCGAUUUCUACGCAGCUCCUAACAUCCUCACAAGCUUCCUGGAUCACCUGCACCGUGAUGUGGACGUGGUGAGGCCCACCGUGCUGAAGAAGGACACUCAGGUGUCCGGUCAGAACGGCUGUGGACCCCAGCAGUGAUUGAAUGUGUUCACAGCUCAUAUCCAGAAGAUGUACAGUGUGAUGCUUCCCUCUUUGAACUUUUCCAUAGUUGUUGACCUGCAAUUUGAUGCUAUGUCACAAUAAACUACUUUUUUUUCUACCUUA